UACUGACUGGUUUUGCUAUUUUUGUUCAUGCAUCUGAAUAUCAGUUAUAGUUGGAACUCCCAGCUCGACAAGUCAAAAUGGAUGCAUUACUGAAAACUAUCUUGCUGAUCAGUUUUUAUUUGAUCGCCUUAACUCUUCACUUUGGAUGGGGUGAUGAUGUUCCAUCCGCUGAAGCAGGCAUGGUUGUAACUGAAAGUGAGGAACACUACACCGCUCCAGAUGAUUUUGACUUUUAAAUAAUUUAAACAAAACCCAAUUAUCAAUAAAUGAGUAAAAAAAACUA